AUGCACUUUGAAGAAUCAACUGUUCCUCUUUCAGCCGCGGGGCGUGCAGACCGUCCGGUGGUUACCAGCUCUCGGCCCCUGCCCCUUCUCUUUCUCUUCUCUCUUCCCUUUUCUCUUCUCUGGAAAGAGUGUCCUCCCAAUUCUCUUUCCUCGGGUCUCCAGAAGGGACAGGGUGGCGGCCCGGGGAGUGUGGGAGGAAGAGAGGGCAGAAGCGCAGGCUGGGAGCGUUCAAGGAGAGAUGUUGACCUGACCGAGCGCCGCAUCUCGGUCCCUCCGCGGGGUCCAGGGGCGCCGCCAGGCCGGGGUCUCGCCGCCCUCCAUCGCUCGCUGGCGCGGUGGAGCUUGCCGCAUGCCAGAUCCCCGAGGGCUCAAGGGGUUCCGAGCCCAGAGGAGGAUAACAGGUGCUUCUUGCCCCAUCCAAGCCCCACUGUUGGGAGCCCAUAUUCUCAUCUUGGCUCCAGCUUCUCCCAGACCCUGUCCCUCUUCCCCUCUCCUUCCACCUCCCCCAGCCGGGGUACUGAGGCUGGGCUGUGGCUGGAGCUGCACCAUGCGUCCUCGGGGGGUCCCAUGUCCAGUUCCUCUGUCCUCAGUGCUGACAGGUCUCCCCCAACCCCAAACCCACUGGAGCAAGCUCCACGUGGAGACUGCCAGGCAGCCAGCUCCUAG